AUGUCUCAAUGUAAACAAAGUUAUGUAUAUAUAAAUUAAAUGCAAGUGAGUUACAUAGUAAUGACGUGGAAAAAAUAGCUGGAUAUUUUCAGAUACAUCAAAUUCUGGGAGUCUGUCAGAAAAGUGCUUACCAAAAAGAUACGGUUUGAUCAGUCAUCAGUAUGAAGAGACCUAUUAUUGCCUUACUUAUCAACAUCAUUGCUUGCAUCUAUGAUGUCACGAGUGCAGAACUGCUCGGAAAAUCUUUGUCACAAGUUACAGGCGGGGCAAGGUCUUCUUACUUCCACAAUAUUUCAAAAUCUGACAGGCAACGAACACUUGAUGAACUGUUAGCAUACUACGAUCCAAGGAUACCUCCAAACUAUGAGGAAGAUUUUCCAGUAACAGUUCUCGUUCAACUACAUAUAACCAACAUAGACAGUAUUAGUGAAUCAAAUAUGGACUACUCCAUUGGCAUGUUUCUACGACAAACAUGGAACGACAGUCGUCUAGCAUACAAGAAAUUACCUACACUUAGGUCGUUAGAACUGGAUUCCCGCCUUAUGGACAAUAUUUGGGUACCAGAUCUCUUCAUUGCCAACGAAAAACAUGCUCAAUUUCACAUGGUAACAGUUCCAAAUAAAUUGAUGCACAUUUACCCAGAAGGACGGGUGCAGUACAGUCUAAGGAUAUCUGCAACUUUGCAAUGUAAUAUGGAUCUUAGUAAAUAUCCACUCGAUUCACAGAUUUGUUACGUGAUGAUGGAAAGCUACGGCUACAGUACAGAAAUCCUAGAAUUUCGUUGGAAUCCUAGUCCUGUAUCAAAAGAUCAAAGACUUCAACUUGCUCAAUUUAAACUUGGAGACAUGCGAACAUUUCAAUGUGAUAAGCAAUAUGUUGCAGUAAACUAUACGUGUAUCACUUUGGAAUUUGAGUUAAAGAGGAGUUUUGGGUAUUACAUAACACAGAUAUACAUACCAAGUAUACUAAUUGUUUGCCUGUCGUGGGUCUCGUUCUGGUUGGACAUGGACGCAGUGCCUGCACGAAUUUCUCUUGGUCUUUUGACUGUGUUAACAAUGACGACACAAAGUGCCGGUGCAAGAUCAUCUCUUCCGAAAGUAUCCUAUGUUAAAGGUAUCGAUGUAUGGAUUGCAACGUGUUUGUUAUUCGUAUUUGCCGCUCUGAUAGAAUUCGCGUAUGUAAAUGUACACUCACGAGUGGAGAAACGUCGGCGGCAAAGCUGUGUAGGAACACAUAAAUUAAACAAUAUAAACGAAAAGGAGGAUGAGGUUGAUUACGAUGCUAGGCGUCAAUCAAGGUUUAGAAUGUUCAUGCCAAGUAGAGAAAAAGCUCGAACAUGUGACCGUAUAUCAAGAAUUGCUUUUCCAAGUGUUUUCCUUAUAUUUAAUUUUAUAUAUUGGUGCAUAUAUGUAAUAUGGACACCUAAAAAUACAACAUUCUCUUGAAAGGAAAUAAAGUGAUUGCUAUAAUUUCGAUUUCUUUUUAGUUAUGUUAUAGUUUUGUUAAUUUUUAUUAUCUCAGUUUCUCUUAUUAACCAUUAGAGAUCUGAAACCGAAAGCAUUAAGCUUUUGCCACCAGUAUAGAGACAGGCCAGUCGCACAUCCGUUCAGUCUGACCAGGCUCUAUACUGCUGGCUGACAAAAUGUAAAUAAUCAAAUUAAUACCCCUAAAAUUGAUAAUGGACAGUCCUAUAAUGGAAGUGGGACAAGUCUAUUUAAAAUAUUCAGCAUGUUUAGGGUAAAAGAUUCAGGUAAAGACAUUCAAUUAUGGAAAUGUUUUAAAAGUAUGCAUAUCACAUAUUACAUUUUAAAUGUUUUCACUGUAAAACAGUAUCAUAUGAAGUUUAAUUUCUUUACAAUGUUCUGUAUGCAUUGAAGAGAAUACUUCUUGUUAAGAGAAGAUAAAGUAAGACUUCGUGACAUUUUUUUAUAUUCAUGUUGUUGGUAUUUGUUGAUAUUCAUUCAUAAAAUGGUUCAAUUUUUUGGACACCCUAGUACGUGCAUUGUGAAACAUGUGUAAAUGCAGUAACUUAUCAUUUUUUUGUAUGUUCCUUUUCAUGUACGAACGUUUCGUUAUUAGUUUGUUAUUAAUUGUUACGAAAUUUAAAUUAAGAUUCAUAUUACAAUAUGUUGUUUCCUGCACAAUAACUUUAACAUGUUACUGUGUCAUGCAAUUAAAUGUUUCCGCUACUCUGUUGUUUUCUUAAUCCCUUCCUUUGCAAACGGUAUAGAUACGUGAUUUUCAAUAUUACAAAUACAAUACUUUAGAUUAAAAAAUCUUUGAAUUUAUUGUUUUGUUAACGCUUGUUAUAAAAUAUGGAAACAAAGAUCAACUAGGAAGAACAGGUCAAUGGAUACAUCGUCCAACACAAUCCAACGGCAAGGAGCCAAACAGGACACCAAACAAAAAGCGAAAGAGGGGAAAAGCCUGGACAGAUAGUUAUUAUAAAUAAUGCAAAAUAGGAAAUCAAAGAAACCGACAAGGGAUAUUA